UUCUCACUCAACUUUCCAGUUUCCACCAUAAAAAUCUUCUACUUUCUUCUUCUUCUUCUUCUCUCUCGCGCACACUGAUACUCGCAACACGAAAAUGGCAAAGCGGCUCUUGUUUUUUAUCGCCCUCGCCUUUGUCUUCACUCUCUCCCGCUCCGACCCGGAUCAGACCCCGAAAGCGACUCUAUCCGAUGCUCACCGCGAGCUAAUCAAGUACGGAUUUCCCAUCGGGCUUCUCCCGACAAACGUCCGAGGCUACAGCCUUAACCGGACCACCGGCAGCUUCGUCUUGUUUCUUGACGACAAGUGCCGAAUCACUCUCCCGCCGGAUAACUACCUGGCGACUUAUUCGAAGAAAAUCACGGGGAAAAUCGUCGAAAAUCGUAUGGCCGAGCUCGACGGGAUCAACGUCAGGGCUUUCUUCAAGUGGUGGGGCAUCACCGGAAUCAGAUCCAGCGGCGACAACUUGGUGUUCGAGGUUGGAAUGGUCACCGCCAAAUACCCUUCUAAGAAUUUCGACGAGAGCCCUGAGUGUGAGGGCAAGCGCUCCUCUUCUUGAGGGUGAUUCAUCUGUUGUGGAUUUUAAUUAGCCUGUGAAAUAAUUUCCGCAAAAUAGUGGACGCAGAAUGUAUUAUGUACUGAUAAAUUAAGUUAAAUGUAAUCAAAAGAUCUAGCUGCCUAUGAUAGCAGAUGGACAAUGCAUUAUUGUUGUAUAUAUGCUUUAUGUUUAUUGUUUGUACUACGCAAUGGCUCUAAUGUUAUAUGCCUAAUCGCUUCAAUUCAGCAA